AUGGCAAGCAACGCGACAACUUCAGACAGCGACAGCGACAGCAACAGCGAUCAUUCAAGCUCAGAUUCGGUGGGUUAUCUGGAUUCAGUUACAGAAGUAGAGAGUGAACCAGCUAGCCUUUCACUUCAAGGCAUCUUGCCUUAUCAGUACGAUCCUCCUGCCCGGCAAUCGAACAACGAGGCAGAAACUUGUGAAAGAGAAGCGGAUUCCGCAGCCGACUCCCUCGGUGGCCCAUUCCCGUCCACGUCACACCGAUGCCACCACAAACCCAAGAGGUGCCUGCCUAUUCAGUAUGGCAGCGCUGGUGGCCCCCUUCCCCUCAGCCCACUUCUCUUUCAUCCUAACGCCAAGGGAUCCCAAAUCGUCAUGGACCUCACCCAGAAGACGGUUAAGAGGCAGGCCAGUUUCUGCAACGCCAUCACCUUCAGCAACAGGCCCAUAGUGCUGUAUGAGCAAGUCCGCCUCAAGAUGACUAAAAAGCAGUGUUGCUGGAGCGGGGCUCUACGUCUUGGUUUCUGCGCCAAAGACCCCUCAAGGAUAAACCCAGACAACCUGCCCAAAUACGCCUGCCCUGACCUGGUGGCCCAGAGUGGCUUCUGGGCCAAGGCCCUGCCUGAAGAGUUUGCCAAUGAGGGCAGCGUUAUCGCCUUCUGGGUUGACAAGAAGGGCCGAGUUUUCUACCGAAUUAAUGAGUCCAGUCCCAUGCUGUUCUUCAGUGGAGUCCGCACAGCUGAGCCUCUCUGGGCCCUCAUUGAUGUUUACGGCCUGACCCGCGGAGUGCAGUUGCUAGGUAAGAUUGUUAAAAAAACAUAA